AUGGGGCCGGGGCGCUGGGCGGGCGGGGGGCGGCGUGGGGCCGUGGCGUUGCUGUGGGUGGCGGCCGUGCUGUGCCAGCUGGGCAGCGGCAGCGUCCUCCGCCGCCGGCUCCACGCCGCCGGGGUCCCGCAGCGGCGGCUGAGCGGCGGCGAGCGGCGGGACGUGCAGCGGGAGAUCCUGGCCGUGCUGGGGCUGCCCGGCCGGCCCCGGCCCCGCGCCCCCGCCCGCGCCCCCGCCGCCGCCGCGCCGCUCUUCAUGCUCGAUCUGUACCACGCCGUGGCCGGCGAGGAGGAUGAGGAGGAGGGUGAGGAAGCGGCGGUGUCGCGCCCGGUGCUCACCGGGCUCAGCACUCAGAGCCCCCCGCCCGGUAGCGUCGUGAGCCGCGCGGACACCGUGGUCAGCCUCGUCAACAUGGUGGAGCAGGACCGGGACCUGUUCUCCCCCAAGCCCUACUGGAAGGAGUUCAGGUUCGACCUGACCCAGGUGCCGGUGGGAGAAGCGGUGACGGCCGCCGAGUUCCGCAUCUACAAAUCCCGGGGUGUCCCCAGGCACGCCAACAGCAGCCUCCACGUCAGCAUCUACGAGGUGGCUGCCCAGCAUUCCAACAGGGAGUCUGACCUGUUCCUGCUGGAUGUGCAGGACCUGCGUGCUGGGACAGAGGGCUGGCUGGUGUUUGAUGUCACAGCUGCCAGCAACCACUGGUCAGUGGAUCAGAAAUACAACCUGGGGCUGCGGCUCUACGUGGAGACAGAUGAUGGGCACAGCGUCGAUCCGGGCUCGGCCGGGCUCCUGGGGCGCCGGGGCCCCCGCUCCAAGCAGCCCUUCAUGGUGACAUUUUUCCGGGCCAGCCCCAGCCCCUCCCGUGUCACACGAGCAGCCAAACCCCCGAGGAGGCGACAGCCCAAGAAAUCCAACGACCUCCCCCACCCCAACAAGCUCCCGGGAAUUUUUGAUGAUGUCCACGCCACAGAUGGGCGGCAGGUCUGCCGGCGCCACGAGCUCUACGUCAGCUUCCAGGACCUCGGCUGGCUGGAUUGGGUGAUUGCUCCACAGGGAUACUCAGCCUACUACUGCGAGGGGGAGUGUGCAUUCCCACUGGACUCCUGCAUGAACGCCACCAACCACGCCAUCCUGCAGUCCCUGGUCCACCUGAUGAAGCCUGAGGCCGUGCCCAAGGCGUGCUGUGCCCCCACCAAGCUCAGUGCCACCUCUGUCCUCUACUACGACAGCAACAACAACGUCAUCCUCAAAAAGCAUCGGAACAUGGUGGUGAAAUCCUGCGGCUGCCACUGAUGGACAGAGCAAUGUGACCCUGGGUUUCUGCUGCAUGCGUGGAAGAGGAGCUUUGUGGGCUGCAUCAGAGCAAAAUCCAUUAAUAAUAAUAAUAAUAAUAAAAGAAAACAAAAUUAAACCCCUCCCACCCCUUUCUAGAAGUGGAUGUAAAUAAUAUAAAACUUCAUUUUUUUCUUAUCCUGCUUGAUGAGACACAUAGAUAUAUACAAACAUAUAUAUAUAUAUAGGAAAGAGAGGAUUUUUGGCUGAUUCUGUUUUGUCUGUGACUGAUGUGUUUUCCCUGUGGUGGAGGCAGUUUAGGGGGGCAGGCAGCAUCCAGGCUGCUUUGGGACUGAGCUGUUUCUAGCUGUGUAUUUCUCCACUAACCCACCUCUAUCCAAGUGCUUUUAAUUCCCUUAAUGAAAAUAUCAUCAGCCAAUUAAGUAGCUGGCUGACUAACCCCCUCCUGUUUACCCAAAGUUCACCAAACUCAGCCAGUUGGGAAAAAAAAUAAAAUAUCCAUAUUGAGCUACAGCACUGUUAUAAAAUAAACGCAAAGUUUGGAAAGUAAA